GAAACAUUUUAAAUAUGGACCUAAAGAGGAAGUGGACGUCUCUGUGAGUGCACUGAACUACAAAGAUGAGAUAGGUGUUAAACUAAAGAAAAACAUCAACUAACACUCACAGUACAAACAACACUUUAUAUUCAUGUAGUGUAUGAACACAAAUCAUUGACAUAAUGAUGUUUGAUCCUUUUUAUUCUCUCAAAUAAAGGUUUUGUUCCAGGGACCAAAGAUGAAAAGCAUCCUCUACAACAUCCUCCCAUCAACAUGAACAGUGCCUUUAAAGUGGUGCACGUGAGGUCCUUUGUGUCCUGGUGUCCUCUGGCUCUCGUCCACUCGCUGUGUCCACAGUUUGUAGAUGUAACGCUGCACCGAUAGCAGCAUGUGGAGCCAUGUGGAGCCUCCAGGUUUCAUUCAGAACCUUCAGGAUCAUCAUGGAGCAACAUGCACAAGUAGCUCAUCUUAAGGGGAUAAACCAUUCAAAGAAUAUAGUGCUGAUACUUAUUAAACAGUCUUUUAGAGAAGCUUGAAGUGAAUAAUUGUACUUUGUUACUUGGAUGAACUUGUAGGUGUAAAUGAGCCUCCUUGACAAAGGGCUGAACUAAAUCUCUCUCUGCAGGAACAGAUCUCAGCAGUCAGACAGAGCUCAGAGAGGAAGUUCAAAAGGAGCUGAUGACCAGCAGCUGUGGUCAAACGUCUCCGAGGUUCUUUGAAUAAGAGGCGAGCUGUUAGUUUCUUGUGAAGCAGAACACAGGUUGUUGCAGCGUGGGGUCGGAGACUCCGUCAUGUCUCUGUUUGUGAUACUCGGGCUGCUCGUCUGCAUCCAGGCUCAAGGAACCAUUGAGACUCCUGUGUUUGUGCUGAAGGGACGUGAUCUGCUCCUGGAGCUUCAUGCUGAUCCUCCUGAGGGGCUUUUAUAUGUUGACUGGAAAAUCAAUAAAACAGUCAUUUUAGUAAGAUUUGAUCGUAGUGGAAAAGCAGAUAUCCUUCAUAGUGUCCCUGGAAGGUUUGAGUUUCCUGAGAAUAAAUUCUCUGUGAUAUUGAAGAAUCUCCAAGAGGUCGACAGUGGAGUUUAUUCUGCUGUAGCAGUAACAUCUACAGGAGACAAACCAGUAUCUGAAUACAAGGUCACAGUUCAAGGACCAGUGUCUCCAGUUAAACUGACCGUGGACCGAGUGGACUCCAGGUGCUCAGAGUCAUGUGACCUCCAUGUGACCUGCAGGACUCACAACUCUCACAUCAACAGCACUUUCAGAUGUGUCGACCAGGUCUGCAGUCAGGAGGGAGGAGAGAGAUCAGAGGUCACGACCUCUGGGGCUUCUCUCCAGGUCUACCUGCUGAACAGCACCAUCAUCUGUAACCAUAGCAACCAGGCUCACUGGACCCAGGACUUCAUUAUUGCUGAACACCUUUGCUACUUAAAUGCUGAGCUUCCCUCCGUGUUCCUGGUGAAGAUGGUGGUGUUCUCUGUGGCUCUGAUCAUCAUGGUGUCUGCCGUCAUCACUGUUCACCUCGUGGACUUCAAGAAGCACCAAGAAAGAAAUGGAGGUCAAACCCCUCACGCUGCCCUGGAGGAAAGCUCCCACCUAAAGGUCACCUUUUAGACCCUUGAUGAUGUUCCACUGACUCACAGCAGGUGGCAGCAACGCACCAGGAGAAGAAAAGAGGAAGACGACGCAAAGCAGCAAACAUGGACGCAAACUAUUAGGAUUUAAAGUAUUUAUCAAUUCAGCUUUGCAGAUAUUUCCUGGUGAAGGAAAGCCAUGUGGUGGACUAAAAAAAUUAAUGUAAACAUCAUAGUUCACCUUUAAAACAAAUGCUGAUUAUCCUUUGAUUUAUACACAUUAUAUCACACAGGAUCAUGUAAAAAUGUUUUGUGGUGGAUGUAAAUAAAUCUAAAUUUGCAUGAUAAAGACCAACUAUAUGGAAGCAAAUAAUUUUGAAUACAUCAUAUAAUACUUCAUACGGUUAUAUUUACAAUGAUAAAAAAAUACACGUUGCAUAUUCGUCUGCUUGCAUUUACAGUAUUUACUCGUAAAUAAUUCUGUUCAGCAGGUUUUGUUUUGGGUGGAAACUUAGAACUUGUUAAAGCUUCACACUUAUUGUAAAUAACUCCAUGGACCUUCCGGUAAAGGAAUUGGACCUUUUUAUUAUUUUUUCAACGUUGAUUUAAAUGUAAAAGAUGUCAUUAUUAAUAUCUCCAAUUGUGACACGUUUGUGUAG